CAAGAAAUGAAAAUCCACCCCAAAAUUGAGAAAAACUUUUUGUAAAAUUGGUUUAGGAGUGAUUUUCCUCAAAGUUUUGGAAAAAAGAAGAUAAAUUUAACAGUAGCAAGCAAAAGAUACCCCAUAAAUAAUGCUUCAAAAACCCAGAACGAGAGUGUGCCAGUCUGCACUUUGUUUAGAGCAGUAGCUUCCUUCUCUCUCUUACUCUGAAGUAGAGGAAACAAGAGUAACUCACCGUAGAGAUCUAAAACAGCCCUUUAAUUAUCCCAUUGCACUAUUGUUGGCUUCUGUUUAUUCCUUUUUGAUUGGUUAAAAUGAGUAAAGAAGAGUUCUUGAAAAUCCAGACUUGUGUUCUUAAAGUCCAUAUACACUGUGAAGGCUGCAAGCACAAAGUGAAGAAAAUCUUGCAGAAGAUUGAUGGGGUUUACACUACAACCAUAGAUUCAGAGCAGGGGAAGGUUACAGUGUCUGGAAAUGUUGGUCCUGAAACACUGAUCAAGAAGCUUUCCAAGAAAGGGAAACAUGCAGAAAUUUGGGGUGCACCGAAGGCAAAUAAUAACAAUCAGCUUAAUAAUCAGUUCAAGAAUCUGCAAAUUGACAAUGGAAAAGGUGGGAAUAACAAGGGGCAGCAGGUUCAGGUUCUAAAGGGUGGCAAUAACCAGCCAAAAGGUGGUCCACGGGGAGGUCAAAAUCCACAAGUCCAACAACUUCAACAGCUUCAGCAAUUGAAAGGGUUUCAAGAUCCGAAAAUGCUGCCUCAGCUUAUGAAGGACUUGAAAAUGCCGAAGGAUCAAAACCCGAAAUCUGGCAAAUUCAACGGUUUGGAGGACAAUGACAUGUCUGAUGAUGAGUUGGAUGAAUUUGAUGAUGAGGACGAAGAUGAGUUGGAUGAUGAAAUGGAGGAUAUGACUAUGAAUAAGACAAAGCUGGGCAAUGGCCUUGCGGGUGCACCGAUGCCUAACAUGAUGGGCUGGCAGAACCCUCAGCUGAUGAAGGGUGGUGCUAAUGGUGGUGGAAAUGGAGGAAAUGCGGUUGGGAAUGGAAAAAUUGCUGGGGGUGGGAAUGUGCCAGUUACGGUCAAUGUUGGUGGUAAUAAUGGUGGCAAUAAAGGUGGUAAUGGUAACAAUAACAGUGGUAACCAAAAUCAGGGAGGCCGAAAGAAUGGAGGCGGUCAGCCACAGGCCAACAACGGCGGUGGAAGUGGCGGUGGGCAGAUGAAGAAUGGUAACAAUGGUUGUGCUAAUGGGGCCAAGAAAGGGGGUGGAAUGAAUGAUGGGCCACAAGGCAUGCCAAACAUGAUGACUGUGAAUGCUGGAGGUAGUGUGGGGCAGACGAGGACUGCCCCCAUGGGCCAGAUGGGUCAAAUGGGCCAGAUGGGUCAGAUGGCGAUGGGUCAAAUGGGCCAGAUGGGUCAGAUGCCGAUGGGUCAAAUGGGCCAGAUGCCGAUGGGUCAAAUGGGCCAGAUGCCGAUGGGUCAAAUGGGCCAGAUGCCGAUGGGUCAAAUGGGCCAGAUGCCGAUGGGUCAAAUGGGCCAGAUGCCGAUGGGUCAAAUGGGCCAGAUGCCGAUGGGUCAAAUGGGCCAGAUGCCGAUGGGUCAAAUGGGCCAGAUGCCGAUGGGACAGAUGGGUCAAAUGCCAAUGAGCCAAAUGGGUAACCCUGCAGCUAUCCGAGGCCUACCUGCUCCGCCCAUGAAUGGUGGUGGUGCUGUCAAUUUCCAAGGUGUUGCCCCUGAGCAAAUGGCCGCGAACCCCUACUACCAACAACAAUUGGCUGCGAUGAUGAUGAACCAACAACGUGCCAUUGGGAACGAAAGGUUUCAACCCCUGAUGUAUGCUCCGCCUGCACCUGCCGUCAACUACAUGCCACCCUACCCUUCUUACCCGUACCCUCCUCCUGGCGAACGCGUUGAAGAGUACUCAAUGUUCAGCGAUGAGAACUCGUCAGGUUGCACCAUGAUGUGAACCUGCUGCCCGACUCAGCUCUACCUAAAGAUGGAUUUUCUGAAUUCUCUUAUAGUUCAUGACUUGGUGGUCUUGAUCCCGUAAUAUACAUGGAAAUGGUUUCUCUUUGAUUUUAAGUUUAGAUUACUGUUUAAUCAUAGGGAGUAUUUGAUAGAAUAUAUACUAUCAAAGCUUUAGACAGUGGGGAUGGCAAUGUUUAUAUAAUGUUUAUAUGCUGGAAACAUUAAUAAAAUCAAGGAGAUUGAUGGGAUUUAGUAAA